GCUUGCCAGUAGUCUCCUCCCCCAGUUCUCAUGGGCUCGGAGCUGUACUAACAGCGUAUACGGCCCCACCUCCUACAGAUGUGCCAGUAGAAGGCAACAGUGGGAAGGAACCUAUGUCAUCAGGAGGCACAGACCUGCCCUCUGCUCCUCGUGAACUGAAGGCGGUUAUUGUGUCAGCAAGGUUUGUCACACUUAGCUGGAACCCUCCAGAGAAAGUGAAUGGACGUGUCCUCACAUACUCCGUGUUCUACCGGCAGGAGGGCUCUGAGAGGGAACGUGUUGUAAACACAACAGGCUCGAGACUGGAGGAAGUGAACAUCGGAGGACUGACCCCUGACCGAACCUACUUCUUCCGAGUACUGGCAUACAGUGUCCGAGGUCGAGGGGUGAGCUCAGAUCUCCUGAAGGUGACCACCAAACCUGAGGUUCAUGUCCCAGGCCCUCCUCAGAAGCUGAAGGUGAUACCCACUUCCCCAACAAGCCUGCUUGUCCAGUGGAGUCAGCCAGAGCAUAGCAGUGGGGCCAUCCAGCAUUACAACAUGUUUUACAUGGAGGGAGACUCGGCAGAAGAGCACCAUGUGGUGACAUCAGACUUGGAGUAUGAGUUGGUGGGUCUCAACAAGUUCAUGGAGUACAGUGUGUGGGUGGUAGCAGUCAAUCAGAAUGGACCAGGCUCCAGCACUGAAGAGGUGGUAUGUAGAACGCUGUCUGAUGUGCCCUCCGAGCCGCCACAGAAUGUCACACUAGAAGCCAGCAGCUCAACAAGUGUAACAGUAAGGUGGGAGGCCCCUCCCAGGGAGGGCCGCAAUGGUAUCAUCACAGGGUAUAAGCUCAGGUACAGGAAACGUGACAGACGUGGAGAACGUCGAGGUGACACUGUGACUACAGCUGGUGAUAGACGCCUGUAUACACUGGUGGGCCUUGAGCGACAGUCUGUGUACCAGGUUCGCCUGUGGGCUCUCAAUGUAAAUGGUUCAGGUCCGCCUACAGAAUGGUAUACAGUUGAGACAUAUGAAAAUGACUUGGAUGAAAGCCAAGUUCCUGACAUGCCAAGUGGACUCAAAGCUCGACCAAUGACAGACACCAUCACUGUAUCGUGGAACCCACCACGUAACCAGAACAUCAUGGUCCGGGGCUAUACCAUAGGCUGGGGGAAGGGCAUCCCUGAUGUAUAUACACAGCUACUGGAUGGGAAACAGAGAUUUUAUGUGAUUGAAGGCGUUGAGCCCAACUCAGAGUAUGUCAUCAGCCUGAGAGCAUAUAAUGACAUGGGAGAUGGACGACCUGUGUAUGUGUCUGUGCGUACCAAGGAGAUUAUGGCACCUGAACCCAUCUCACCACUGAUACCUCCUGUGGGGCUUAUGGCCAUUGUUUUGUCAUCCACAACGGUAGUUGUGUACUGGACAGACACCACCCUGUCCAAGA